AUGGCUGCGUCUUCAUCUGCAUCUAUGCCGGGUCUUGGAGAAGUGGAGUUCGAGAAUCAGCAGACUCCUCUACUUCAGCAUUCAUCAGGAGAACGAGCUAGUGCUGAUGUGGCUGCUUUUUGGACUGCAGAUGCUGCUUCUCUGAGAAGGAACCGAAACCGUCCAGGAAAUCCAAAUCCUGAUGCGGUGGUUGUUGCACUCUCUCCAGAAUAUCUUACUGCGAAAAAUCGUUUUAUAUGUGAGUUGUGCGACAAGGGUUUCCCCAGGGAACAGAACUUGCAGCUGCACAGAAGAGGGCACAAUCUGCCCUGGAAGCUCAAGAAAAGGACAGAUCAGGAGGUGCAGAAGAAGGUUUACGUCUGCCCCAAAAUCGCUUGUGCCCACCAUGAUCCAGCAAGGGCUCUUGGAGAUCUGACUGGAAUCAAGAAGCAUUUUGCUCGCAAACAUGGUGAGAAGAAAUUCGGUUGCACCAGGUGUCACAAGAGGGGUUCAAAUGCAAGGGGCAAGCACAAACGUGCAAAUCGAAGCUCUCGAUAUGUGGAAUCUUCUGAUCAUAACGAUCGUGAUGCUGAAUUCGGUACUAAUGAGCAGGUGGGGAGUGAGGAAGUUGUUGAUAUCCAAAAUUCUACUGAUGAGAAUGAUUGGAGUUUGUAUUGUAAGGAGGAAGAGUUAGAAGGGGUAUUGUUGUCGAAUCUCAAAUUUUUGUAUAGGGAGGCGUUAUGUAGGCUUUGUGAGAUGGGCUAUCAGGCAUCUGUUGGGUUUAAAGCGCUGCUAAGUAAUGGACAUUGUUAUGGGGAAAAGGAUGUUUUGUCUAACAUAUUGGAUAAUACUGUGAGGUUUUUGGAUACUGGGAAGCGGGAUGGGGAUAGGCCUGUUUUUGAUAAUAUGACGCAAUUAAUUGACCUUUCUCUUGCUGCUUUGAUUGUUAUGUUGCAAAAAUCAAAUCCGCAUAUGAGCAAAGGGGAUGCUAUGCUUUAUCUCUUAUUAAAUGAUCUGAAUCUUGAUCCUUCAGUGAAGGAUUUUCUAAAUCAGAAUGCUGCGGCAUUUUCUGGGGGAUACAUGGCAGACUUUAUAAACUUACACACUGAAGCUAGUGGUUGUGGAAAUGCUUCUUUCUUAAGUGCUAAUUCGUCAACUGGAUCUUUAAGUGAAACAGAAGCUGUAGUAGAGCAAAUUGAGCAGCAACCAGAUGCUAAAAAGGAAAACGCGGGCAGUUCAAUGAUGGACAAAAUUUGUGAUUUGAACCUUGAUGAGAACAUUGAGUAUGUUCCACUGGAUCAAAGAGUUGAGAUGAUCACAGAUUUGCUUCAACAAGUUAAGGAUCUUGAGGGACAAGUUAAGGAGCGGAGGGCCUGGGCAGAGGAGAAAGCAAAGCAGGCUGAACGAACCAUAUGUUGUAAAGAAAGAGAGCUUGAAAUGUUGAGAGUCGAAAGAGAGGAAAAGAAGGGGAAACAAACACUUGUAGACUCUAUUAUGAUGAGGAUCAAUUCCAUGAAUUGUAAGAUAUCAGAUAUAGAGAAUGAUCAGAGAAAGUUACUUGACCAAAUGAGAUGUACAUCUGCAGCUCUUGGGCAAUUAGAAUUGGAAUGUGAAGAAAUGAAUGCAGAGUUCAAAGCUUCAGAACUUAGUGCAUCGGAGUCAUUAAGGGCCUGUGCAGCAUCUCAAGAGAAGCAGAAGAAGUGCUUGAAAAGACUCGUGGCUCAGGCUAAAAAGAAAACUAAAUUGCAUGCCGACAUUGUAGAUGCUGAACAACAAAUUUUACAGCAGGAAACACAGUUGGAGCAGGUAGAAGCAGCUCAGGAAGUCGCUCAGGCAAAGUGGAAAGAGGCUCAGAAGGAUAAAGAAUCAGCAUUGGUGCAGUUAGAGGAAGAAAGGCGCCUACUGAAAAAAACUAAAAUUACUAAUGAAAGAGAGCACAAGGCCUUGCACUUAAAGAUAGAGACAGACUUUCUGCGUCACAAGGAUGACAUGCAGAGGCUUGAACUGGAGCUUUCUCGACUUAAAGUGUUAUCACAAGCUAGUCAGCUCUAUCUUCACUCAAAGAAGUUACAAAUGGCUAAUACUGAGAAAUUAGAGACUGAAGGAGAAUUUAUUGCAAGAAUAUUUUCUAGGCUAGAUAACGAGGAGGACUAUUGUAGCGACCGAAAAUGCUUUAAUUGUGAGAAAGAAGAUGUAUCAGUGGUUUUUCUGCCGUGUACACAUCAAAGUCUUGUGCAUCAGUUGCAGUGA